AUCACUCUCCCCCUCUCUCUCUCUCUCUCUCUCUCUCUCUCUAUCUACAUCUCUCUCUUCCUUUUAAGUUUCUGUCGUUUUGUAUAUAAUUCGAUCCAAAACCUUUUUCAGAAUCGGAAAGAGGGACUUCUCUGUUUCUCGUCCAAUCCUCUGUCUGUCUGUCGAGUUUAGUUUAGUAAAACACUCUCUCAGAUCUUCAAAUUUUCCGAUCCCAUAUUGUUAACAAACACAACACAACCAUGCCGGCCGUGUACGGAGCUCGAUUGACAACGUUCGAAGAUUCGGAGAAAGAGAGCGAAUACGGUUAUGUCCGAAAGGUAUCCGGACCUGUCGUCAUCGCAGAUGGCAUGGCUGGGGCUGCAAUGUAUGAGCUUGUCCGUGUUGGGCACGAUAAUCUUAUUGGUGAGAUCAUUCGGUUGGAAGGAGAUUCUGCUACCAUCCAGGUUUAUGAGGAAACAGCUGGGUUGACAGUGAAUGACCCUGUUCUACGGACACACAAGCCUUUAUCAGUGGAGUUGGGACCUGGAAUAUUGGGAAAUAUUUUUGAUGGAAUUCAGAGGCCUUUGAAAACUAUUGCAAAAAUAUCCGGUGAUGUCUAUAUCCCGCGUGGAGUGUCUGUUCCUGCUCUAGACAAAGAUAUACUUUGGGAAUUCCAGCCUAAAAAGAUAGGUGAGGGAGAUGCUAUAACGGGCGGAGACUUGUAUGCUAGCGUCAUUGAAAACAGUCUAAUGCAACAUCAUGUUGCACUUCCUCCUGAUGCAAUGGGAAAAAUUACUUAUAUUGCACCACCUGGUCAAUAUUCGCUGAAGGAUACUGUCUUAGAGCUUGAGUUCCAGGGUGUCAAAAAGCAAUUUACCAUGCUUCAGACUUGGCCUGUACGUACACCUCGGCCUGUUGCAUCAAAACUUUCUGCUGAUACCCCUCUGCUUACUGGUCAGCGUGUUCUUGAUGCCCUUUUCCCCUCAGUUCUUGGUGGGACUUGUGCCAUACCUGGGGCUUUUGGUUGUGGCAAAACAGUCAUUAGUCAAGCUCUUUCUAAGUACUCUAACUCUGAUACUGUAGUUUAUGUUGGUUGUGGAGAACGAGGAAAUGAAAUGGCAGAGGUUCUUAUGGACUUCCCUCAAUUGACAAUGACAUUGCCUGAUGGCCGUGAAGAAUCUGUCAUGAAGCGUACAACCCUUGUGGCCAACACUUCAAACAUGCCAGUGGCUGCGCGUGAGGCUUCAAUUUAUACAGGGAUCACAAUAGCUGAAUACUUCAGAGAUAUGGGAUACAAUGUCAGCAUGAUGGCAGAUUCAACAUCUCGAUGGGCAGAAGCAUUGCGUGAAAUUUCUGGACGGCUGGCAGAAAUGCCCGCAGAUAGUGGAUAUCCUGCCUACCUGGCAGCACGUUUGGCCUCAUUUUAUGAACGUGCUGGUAAAGUAAAAUGUCUUGGUAGUCCAGAACGUACUGGUAGCGUCACAAUUGUUGGUGCUGUUUCUCCCCCUGGAGGUGAUUUCUCAGAUCCUGUGACAUCUGCAACGCUUGGCAUUGUUCAGGUUUUCUGGGGUUUGGACAAAAAACUUGCCCAGAGGAAACAUUUCCCUUCUGUAAACUGGCUUAUUUCAUAUUCAAAGUACUCAGGGGCAUUGGAGUCUUUCUAUGAUCAAUUUGAUCCAGAUUUUAUUAACAUCAGGACAAAGGCCCGUGAGGUGCUGCAGAGAGAGGAUGACCUGAAUGAAAUUGUCCAGCUUGUAGGAAAGGAUGCUUUAGCUGAAGGAGACAAGAUUACCCUAGAGACUGCUAAGCUUUUGAGGGAAGACUAUCUUGCUCAGAAUGCUUUUACUCCAUACGACAAAUUCUGCCCUUUCUACAAGUCUGUUUGGAUGAUGCGCAACAUUAUCCAUUUUUUUAAUUUGGCCAAUCAGGCGGUGGAGAGAGGAGCUGGUAUGGAUGGUCAAAAGAUUUCUUAUACCCUUAUCAAACAUCGAUUGGGAGAUCUCUUUUACCGUUUAGUGUCUCAGAAAUUUGAGGAUCCGGCUGAAGGAGAAGCAGCUCUUGUGGCCAAAUUCAAUAAGUUAUAUGACGACCUGACCAAUGGUUUCCGCAACCUUGAGGAUGAAACUCGGUGAUUAAAUGUCCUAAAUGUAUGAUUUAUUAUCAAUUGUCAAAGUGGCAGUUAUAUCCUUGGAUUGAGUUUCUGUUUUUCACUUUUGUAUGGAGAACUGCUGUGUUGUUAGGUAUAUCUCUAGCGAAUUCUCUGCUUGUAUGGGAUUUGUUUUAGGUGGGGCUUAUAGCUAUAAUUUUUGUUAUGUAUUCCAAUAAUUACCUUGUGUUAUUUAUUGAUAAAUAAGAAAAGAUACACCGUUUUGUUGUUA